UCAUAACAACUGGCGUAUCUCAGAGACGGCUUAGUGAGCUAGCCGAGCUCAGAGACGCAUCUACAAGUACUUUGGCUUUCAUUUGAAGCUUCGCCGCCAGCUUUUCCCCUGCCACAAACCAGCAACAGGAAAAGAAAACCCUCUCUCUUUCUCUUACUUUGACUCGGCCCACUGCGCAUGCUCACAGUAACGGACGGGGCGCAUUUGUUCUCAUUCAGGAACUCGGAGACACUGAAAAGUUUAAAAGAUGACGACUUCUUGGAGUGACAGAUUGCAAAAUUAUGCAGACCUGCCUGCCAAUAUGGACGGCCUCGCCAUGAAAAAGUACAGGAGGGAGCCUUACCACAGAAUAUUCGUCAACAGAAGCUUGGCAAUGGAGAAAAUCAAGUGUUUUGGCUUCGACAUGGAUUACACUUUAGCAGUGUACAAGUCACCUGAGUACGAGUCGCUGGGCUUUGAACUGACGGUGGAGAGGCUGGUGUCCAUCGGUUAUCCCCAGGAGCUUCUCAGCUUCGUCUACGAUCCAUCAUUCCCCACCAGGGGCCUUGUGUUUGAUACCAUGUAUGGAAACCUAUUGAAAGUCGACGCCUACGGUAACAUCCUGGUUUGUGCCCACGGAUUUAAUUUCUUUCGAGGCCCUGAUAUUCGUGAACGAUACCCGAACAAGUUUAUCCAGAGGGAUGACACGGAGCGUUUUUAUAUCCUCAACACCCUCUUCAACCUGCCAGAAACCUACCUUUUUGCUUGUCUUGUGGAUUUCUUCUCCAACUGUGACAGAUACACAAGCUGUGAAACCGGCUUCAAAAACGGCGACCUCUUCAUGUCCUACAAGAGCAUGUUCCAGGACAUCCGGGACGCCGUGGACUGGGUUCACUUCAAGGGAACGCUGAAGGAGAAAACCGUAGAGAACCUGGAGAAGUACGUAGUGAAAGACGGGAAGCUCCCGCUUCUCCUCAGCCGCAUGAAUGAAGUAGCCAAAGUUUUCUUGGCUACCAACAGCGACUACAAAUACACCGACAAAAUUAUGACGUACCUGUUUGACUUCCCCCACGGCCCCAAGCCCGGUAGCUCUCACCGGCCCUGGCAGUCUUACUUCGACCUGAUCCUGGUGGACGCCAGAAAGCCGCUCUUCUUCGGGGAGGGAACCGUUCUCAGACAGGUCGACACGACCACAGGGCGUCUAAAGAUAGGAACCUACACAGGACCUCUGCAGCAUGGCAUAGUGUAUUCAGGAGGUUCCUCAGACAUCGUGUGCGACCUGCUGGGGGCCAAGGGGAAGGACAUUUUGUACAUCGGGGACCACAUCUUUGGGGACAUCCUCAAGUCUAAGAAGCGUCAGGGCUGGAGAACGUUCCUGGUGAUCCCUGAGCUGGCCCAGGAGCUGCACGUGUGGACGGACAAAAGCUCGCUGUUCGAGGAACUUCAGGGUCUGGACGUUUUCCUGGCAGAGCUUUACAAACAUCUGGACAGCAGCAGCAACGAGAGGCCUGACAUCAGCACGAUCCAGAGAAGAGUCAAGAAAGUCACACACGACAUGGACAUGUGCUACGGCAUGAUGGGGAGCCUUUUCCGCAGCGGCUCCAGACAGACGCUCUUCGCCUCCCAGGUGAUGCGUUACGCCGACCUGUACGCCGCCUCCUUCAUCAACCUGCUGUAUUACCCCUUCAGCUACCUGUUCAGAGCGGCGCACGUGCAGAUGCCCCACGAGUCGACGGUGGAGCACACGCAUGUGGACAUCGACAUGGAGUCCCCUCUGGCCACGCGUAACCGCACCCACUGCAGCGACUGCAAGGACCUGGACUGCAAACGCCACCACCUGACCCGCUCCUGCAGCGAGAUCAAGCCUCCCAACCUGUUCCCCCAGACUCCCCAGGAGAUCACUCACUGCCACGACGAAGACGACGACGAGGAGGAAGAGUAAUAAAGCCGCCCUGCAGAGUUGAGCCACGUUCCUGUUCCCGUCGCCUUACCUUUCCUUGUGGAGUCCAAUCGUGAUCUCUCUCUCUCUCUCUCUUUCUUUCUCUCUGAGCGAUGGCGCGAGGGAGAAACUUUUCCAGACUGUGUGUGUUUGUGUGUAUUUAAUUAUAUUUACUGUAAAUAUAAAUCAAUGCACCUGAACACACAAACGCACACAUGAGGGCGAUUUUUCUAAGAAACGCGGAAGGACCAUUGGGGGGAGAAGAGAUCACAACGGCUGCCAGAAGAAUAACACGCACGCGCCGCUCUCGAAGCAGAAGCGCCCACCCUGAGCAGUCGUCUCAUUAAACGCUAAUUUCUAAAGUAUUUUUCUAACCAAAAUCACGUUUACGCCGUAACCCUGCGGAUACGGUUCACCAUACUGUCAUUCUAGCCACGAAACAAGCUAACCGGGAAUGCGCCGUUUAAAAUCGACGGGACCGAGUGAUGGAGACGGAGACUUUUCCGCUGUCUGGGAUCCGCCGUCAGCUUUUCAUCCGUUUAACUUGCCUAGAGGACUGUAGCAUCCGGACGGGCAGUAGGGAUCGCUUUUCACUGAACGCCGGUGCGAAAGCAGACCAGCAUGCAUCAGGUUCAGGGGGAGAACACGGAGAAGGACUUUGUCCCUGGUUGCACCACAAGCAGGAUGUUUCGUUCUAGCUGGAGCUGCGAACCCGAACACUGCCUGACUCCACUGAGGCUGUCUGGGAGAAGCAUGCCGGCUCUGCUCGAUGUUUUCAAAGCGUGUGCAGAAGGUGGUUGUUGGCUUUAGCUCGUUUAUUGGUUUUAGGAUGUUUUUUUAUUGUCACCCAUGUAGUGUUCUCUCCGCAACAAUUAUUGAAGGAAAAAAAUGCAGACGUUCUGAUUCACGGUUUUCUUCUGUCUGCAUCUUAACACUGUGAUCGUUUUACUAGCGUCUAGAUUCAGGUACUUGACUUUGAUCAAAAAAACAAAAAAAAAGAUACAAAACUCUUCAAAUGUGUUAUUUUUUUUUUCAUAGCAGAAUUUAUAUUAGUAUUUACACUAAUAAUUCUGUGUGUAAUCUUCGGUUGCGUAAAAUACAAUUUUUCACUAGGCUCUGUGUUUUUUUUUGUUUUUUUUUUGUUUUUUUUUUGUUUCCUGAAAAGAAAAUGUAAUUCUUUUUUUACCUACAGAUUGUGCUGCUUCUCCGGUUUCCACUCGACUGCAUAAAACUGCAGUGUCAGCAACGUAAAGCCCAAAGCCAGUCUCUGCAGUGAGCUUCAAGCAGCUGCUGCAGCGGCCGGACUUUCCCGAACAUGCAGCUCAGAAAACUGACAGACUAAAUGCAAACACACAGAUAUAAAACAUGUGGGGACAUCAGCCUUUAAAUCUUUACCACGAUAAUGCGGUCAGAUCAGACGCUUAAUCUGUCAAAGGUUGAAAGGGAUGACCUGAAGGUGGACGCUUGUCAUCUGUCUGGUCAACCGCACUGCUGCCGACAAACAGCGGAGUUUAAUUGGUUACUGUUCUGAUGCUUUCUACGCUUUAAAAUAUCAGAAAGCACGUCCGUUGUUUAUUUGACUGCUUUUUAAAUGGUCAUUUUGAGUUGUGGGUGGAGAAUGCGGGUGAUCACCAGUUAUGAAAGGACCGAUUUGGUGAUUCGUUAUUGCUGUAACCUUAAAAUCAAAGCAGACCUGAAGCCAACGUUUCUUCUGUCUGUAGUCGCCCGAACACAAGCGGGGUACGGAUCUUCCACCUCCCAGGGCUUUAGUUUUAAAGUUAAAAACGCCCUUUUGGGGCUUUUGAUGGUCGCUUUAAGUUUUGGAUUCUUCAGCCACAUUCAAAUAAUUGUCCAUUGUUUCAGCGCAGCGGCUGAAAGGUGAGCCAUAGAUGUGUCAUUAACUUUAAAAAAAAAAAAAAAAUUAAAGUUGGCUAAACUGCAAAGUCCUCCAGCAGCGCCAGGAAAAGGGUGGAUAAACCACUGAUGACUUUUCUCCUAGAUUACAAAUGGCAUUUGCAGCUCAAUUUAAAAUUUUAAUUAUUAUUCUAGAAGUAAUAUAUUGUUUUAGCAUCUGUAAGGAAAUAUGUUGCUUUUGUAGAAGCAACAACGCCACGUUAAAUCGUUCAUCCAGAAACGGUGAGAACUGGUAUUUCAGGCUCAUUGAGAACCUCAUCCUGCCUGCGAUCAGCUGAGCCGAUUUCUCACAACAAAACUAAUGUGACUAAAAGUGCACGGACGAGGUUUUAACGUGUGACAGUGACAGCAUCGUGGCAUUGUGGAGUUAGUUGUAUUGAUCCGGUUCUUCUUCCUCUGCUGUGAUCCUGCAGAAGAAGAAACCUUUCUACAGCUCAUUAGAUUACUUAUCUGAUGCUUGAUAGCUACUGACACAUUAAUCUGCACACCCACUGCUAACCCUGGGAGAAUUUAAAAAAAAGUUUUCAAUUUAAGCAACAGUGAUCCGAUUUGAUAAAAGGAAACGGACCCUGGUGCACACUGGGAGAAAAACUGAUCUUUCAGGGCUUUAAACCCGGUUCUAACUGGGGUUCAAACGCGUUUUUUGUGUUGCCGUUUGUUUUAAAGCAAACUUCCCGUGUUCUCAGCUUUUUGUUGUAAUUGUCUGAUCGUUUUAACCAGAAAAAGGAAAGAAAAAAAAUGCCGUCUAUUUUAAUUUUAUUUUUCUUAUGGUAUUGGGUUUGGCUUGAUGUGGGUUGGAGAGAAGUGAAUCUUCUUCACUUUAACGUCACACUUGCUAUUGAUGUCAUUAGGAGACAUCAAAGCUGUUUGUCUCCUUUUUCUUUUUUUCUUUUUUUUUUUACGAAGAAAUCUUUUGUAUGUUCAUGUUGUCUUUUUAACUUUUUUUGCAGAAUAGCUGGAUAUUUUGCAGAGGGGAGCUGUAAAACUAACUGUGACGGUCGCCUAAACUGCAUAUGUGCAUGCAGUUGAUAUCCAUUCUGCCUCACAGCUCAUUUCCUCACAAAAAUAGAAAACGUCAGUUUUUUGUUUUUUUCCCCCCAAUAUGUUGGCAUAGUUUACACACCUGUAAAAAUGAUCUUAAAUUUGAGGAAAUGCAGUUAGCAUGAAAAGGACAAUAAUUGAUGUACAAUUUGAGGUUCUUAUUUUUAAUAAGCAUUUUUAAAUGGUUUUCUUUUACAGAACUGUAGAUGGAGCUUUUUUAUUGAGAUUAACUUUUUCUUUUUUCUUUUUGGCCCUAUAGCAGAUGUUUUAACAUUCAGAGCUUAUUAAUAAAGCCUGGUAAAGAGUUUUCCAGGAGAGAGAGGAGGUUUUUAUUCAUCGUUGUUGGUCAAUAACAUCAACAGCCACAUUUAAUUUUCUACGUCCUUGUCCGCACGUAGCCAGGUCUUUUUAUAAAGACGAAUAUCAACCCCCGCAUAGUUUUUUUAAGAAUAUCGUACACACUGGAACGAUUUCAGAGAAGUUUUCAUCCACGAACCCAAACCAAUGCACCACUGAGGGUCCUUUUUUAAACAAGCCAAACACAUCGAGCGCAAUGUAGCACAAAGCUAGACCCUGUCAGCCAAUCAGAAUCCUUCAAAUCAACCAGGUGGUCCUGGUCUACUGGGAGCGUUCUCCUUUGAACCUUAAACCUAUAGUUGGUAAUCCUGUUCAGAAACACUUUUUAUUAUACUGGGUCAAAUCGUCCUUCCGUCCUGAAAGUAGUUAAUACAUUAUGUGUUCACAAAAAGGCGGAUAAAAAAUCUGUGUGUGAGCUUCAGGCCUGUAAAAACUUCAACCAAUCCCUGCAGUUCACACCGAAGAGCAGUGACUGGUUAAAGUUUUGUUCCUGCUCUCACCCAUAGACAUUAUAUACUCACCCGUCUCUGUCCCUUUAAGUUCCAGGGUAUCACCUUGUCUUUGGGUUGUCCCACAUGCCGAUCAUGCUGACACACUCACGUAACACCAGUGUGCGUGCACAUUCCUUGUUAGCGUCCGGUUGCUGGCUGCGCAUGCGCACUUCUAGUGUUUAUAUAUCCUGUUAGCUUAGCGGCUAGGUUAGCAGUUAGCUUAGCGGUUAGCCAUUCAUUGUAGUGCCGCUGCUCUCACUUUAUACUUUAAACAUGGUUGAGAGUUGCAAGAAGCAAACUGCAUAGACGUUUAUGAGAAGAAGAGGAAGGACUCGGUAGAAAGAAAUAAGACCAGAGUGGAUUUUGGAGAUUUUUUUUUUUUUUGACAGACAUGUCAAAAUGGGACUUUGGGAAACUUCUGGAAAAAUCGUCCACCCUAGCUUUAACGAAUUGGAGCUUUUGGUCUUGUAAAAAUCAGCUCCUCUCUGAAAGUAUUCAAAUCUCCUCCUCUACAACAUGACCAAGUCAAUAACCACAGUCGCACAUGUGAUGUGAGCGCCGCAUUAUUUAUUGCUAGCGGACCUAAAACUCCCUUUUGCCAUGUACACAGGCAAGCACAAAAACUGGGUUUUCUCAAAUCUCCACUUUGGUCAGAGUUUCCAGAAAUAAAAGUGAAGUAAAAGAAGAGUUUUCAUGUGGAUGAAAGGCCAAAACGCAUAAAAAUAGAUGUUUUCCCAGAUACCCGGCUAUGUGCAGACAAGGUUUAAACCGUUUAUUUUUUUUUUCUUCAACCUUUGUUUUUCCAAGUAUAUCAGAUGAUGCUCCUCUGAACAGCAUUUUUUUUCUGAUGUGUUCCUAUAGACCUAUUGAGAUAAUUACAUGAAAAUCUAGAAUAAAGAUAAUUUUUCAUAA